AUGGCUACCGAAUUACAGCAGCCUUUAUCAUUAUUACGUGACUAUACACGGAACAACAAGUCGGUUGUACUUCUCGAUUCCUCCGGCCAAGUAGUCAGUAGUGUAGCUGAUGCCGCCACUGUUCAGUUUGGAGAUCAUUCCUUUCCACGCCAAGUACCCACGAAUCUUAAAAAGAGCGUAAACAGUGACGAAACCUACACACUUGACACCCUCAUCUUCCUGAUCCAGAAUGCCCAAUUAGAUAAUAGUGCAUAUAUUACGGAGGGCCGUCUACGUAACAUUGAACACAUCUCGAUCAUUGAUAAAAAAAAGAUUCUUGAUUACCUUACUGGUAGACUUGAUACUCUCCCUAAUGUGGAGGAUAAUAAGACUGAAAAGCGUGCUCGGGUAGAGACAGCAGAUACAAAUCCUAACAAGAAAAUGAGAGCCAUUGAUGACGAAGAGUUUGUAAAGAAGGUUGUUGCGCGAGAGCGAGAGUGUGUAACCAGAUCUUCAAUUCUUCGAGGAAAAAAGAACUUUGACCAUGUAGUUAUAUUGGCGCAGACUUUAAUUCUCGGUAAAGAACCUGUUCAUCCUAAUUCUGUGGGAUCAGCGAAACCUGGAGCUCGUCUCGUUUCGCAACCCUCAGCUAUUUCCAAAAUACCUGUACCUACAAAACUCAAUUCAAUUCGUGCUAAAGGCGCCAAGCUGUCGAGCAGAGAUAAAAUCCCGAUUAUCAUUGUACCAGCAGCACCAACUGCUAAAUUCACAUUAUUUAACAUUAAGCAAUUCUUGGAAGAUCAAGUAUAUAUAGAUUCGCAGGAACUUAGAGAGUCUGGUAUCAAAAAACCAGAACAAGUGACAGUGGAAAGAAAAAAGGCCAAUGGACAAACUGUGCCGUACUAUGUUGUUGAUUCUGUUACAGGAUUCAAACAAAGCGAUUGGGAUCGUGUGUCAUGUGUAUUCGUGACAGGACAACAAUGGCAGUUUAAGGGGUGGAAGUGGGAACGACCUGUAGAGCUAUUCAAUCAUGUCAAGGGUAUUUAUCCCAAAUGGAACACAGAUAAAACGGCAGGUGCUGCUGCCAGCUGGGCUGUCACUGACUUGAAUAUUCAUAGACAUAAACGCCAUAUGGACAAAGCGGCUGUUUCUCAGUUCUGGGAUAUGAUGGAUAAUUACAAUGCAAACAGUCGUCCCUACCUGAACUUUUAAACCACGCCAAUGUCAUCAUAACCUACAUACAAACAUGUUAGAUAUCAUUAAAACUAGAUGAUAUUGAGUGAACUGUGCUUUAGAAUCUCUGUAAUCACAAUGAUAAACGAGAAGCAUUUGAAUCUACUCGCUCAUGAGCAAUACACUUUGACCAAACAAAGAGUAUUCGUUCAAAGUUUAUUGUCAAUAAAGACGACAGUAAAUGUUGUAUAAGCUAAA